ACCCCAACUCGAGGCUUGCAAGUCUGCAGCCCAAGCACUGGAUGGGAUGCCGAUUUAUGCUUGGAUGCCCAACUGCACUGUUUCAAUGAGGCUCCAGGAAGCUUCAUUUUUGUUGUGACGAUGGCAGCAGCCCCGGAUGCACCCCUGCAGACCCGCGUGGUCGACGACAAAUCGCCGCUCUGCAUCCCCUUCAUCCUCUCGCGCGUCCAAAAGUAUCGGGAGCAACACUCAGCGGAGUCCAAUGCCCGGCCAUUCAUUGUGGGCUUGAACGGCGUGCAGGGCAUCGGCAAAACGACGCUCGUCCGCGCCCUGGCCCAGAUUCUGCAGGAGCGCGAAGGUCUGGCGACCCUUGUGGUCAGCAUCGACGAUUUCUACUUCACCCACGCAGACCAGCUCGCACUAGCCGCAGCGCACCCAGACAAUGCAUUGGUGCAGUAUAGGGGAGAGCCCGGUACGCAUGACAUCCCCCUAGCCAAAGCAUUCUUCUCCGCGCUGUGCCAGAACCAGCCCGUCCGCGUACCCCAGUACGACAAGUCGGCCUUUUCGGGCCUAGGUGACCGCCUGCCGGAAGACUCUUGGCCCACCGUCACGAAAGCCGACGUUGUGAUUCUCGAAGGGUGGUGCGUCGGGUUCCGGCCUCUGGACGCCGCCACCGUCGAGGCCAAGUGGAAAGGAGCGAGCCGUACGCUGCACAACCACAAGCUGGAACACCUGCUCUUUGUCAACUCGUGCCUACACGACUACAACACUUUGACCGACCUGCUCGACGCCUUCAUCCACAUCGACGCCGAAGACACGGAAUACGUGUAUAGCUGGCGGCAGGAGCAAGAGGCGCAGCUGCGGCAGGAGCGUGGUGCCGGCAUGACAGACGAGCAGGUAAUCAAGUUUGUCGACGCCUAUUACCCGGCCUACGAGCUUUUCACCGACCGGGUGAGGGCAGGGAUAUUCCUGCCUGAUCGACCCGGGUGCCAGCUCAGGCUGGUGGUCGGCAGGGACAGGAGCGUGCAGGACAAGAUGGUGCUCUAAGAAGUGCCAAAACAGUAUACUCGGAUUACAGCUACAUACCUAGCCGAUCUAUAAAUAUGCUAUGACAUGAUAUAUAUGAAGACGGGUCU